AUGAUUCCUCCAACCUUUGAUUAUACGUCGGAAGAAAACCAACAUGAUGCCGCAGCACGAGACACACAAGCAGAGCCACCACUUAUUGUUGGUGCAAGCCACUUCUCUGGUGGGCCUUCCAUGAAGCAAACCAACAUCACCGUGAAGUUGUCUCCAAAACAUGAGCAAUACUUUACAUUUAGCCUAGGACUGCCUCCAUUCUUUCUACCUGUUAUCGUGGACAAUUUUACAUCUCCCAUUAUUCAUUACGAUCGUAACACAACUCUUGUGAUCACAUGUAAAUAUGUGCCACAAGAAUAUCAAGACUCCUCGACUCUUCCUUUGGACAGCGACACAGUGUACACCGUAAAGAUGUCAUUAACUCCUUCGUCUGUGCCUCAGUUGGAAAAAGAUGCUUCCAUAUCUAGAUAUCUAGAAAAGAAUCUGAAAGCUAAUAAUGUAACUCCCUCAAUUCUUGCCUACCUUAAAGAUUAUUUCAUUAUUGUGAGAGAAUAUAUACCUGGAUCAUCGUUGAAAUGUUUGACUAUGGAAAAACCAACAACAGACCUGGACACUCUCCAAAAGACUCUAGAAACAGCUAUCAACCUAUGCAGAGGUGUUGACCAGCUUCACACAAUGAGAGUAGUUCAUUGCGAUCUGGCUCCUGAUAACAUUAUUUGGAAUCAAUCAACUGUAACAAUUAUUGAUUUUGGCCUCAGCGAGCUAUUACCAUUGUCCAAUCCGUAUGUAUACACCUCAAACCCAAAGGGAAACGCUAGAUACAUGUCUCCAGAAGCAACUGGCCGUCUUCCGAAACCCUUAGGGUUCUAUAGCGACAUUUACAGCCUUGGAUUCAUACUAUUCGAAAUGAUCGCAAAAGACCAUCCGUUUAGUAGCUGUGUGAAAAGCUCAGAUUUUAUUUUCUCUCACAUCACAAAGCAGCCAGAAUCGCUGUAUCAAAAUUUGAAACGAAGAGGUAUCAUUACGGACGAAGACUCUACAUUCGCAACAGCGGUUCGUGCGAUCGCGCUUGUUAUUAACAAGAUGGUUCAAAAAUCCAUUGAAAAGAGAUACUUUUGCAUGGAAGGUGUUAUUGCUGAUCUUGAUAUUGUUCUAAAAUGCAUCCAAAAAGAAGACAAUUCUUGCCUCUGUAGCUUUAUUCCUGGACAACACGAUGUACAAACAACGAUCUCUAUUCCUUUCGUUGUGUAUGGAAGGGAUUUGAUUAUUGAUGAAAUGAGCAAUCGUUUGCAAACCAUGAUUGACCUGAAUGUACCAACUUUAGUCAUGGUACGAGGAUAUUGCGGUGUUGGAAAAACAAGUAUUGUGCGAGAGUUUAGAAACAGAUGCAAGGACAUGAUUGUGUAUUUUGAAGCAAAGUAUGAUCAGAAUCAGAACAUCCCGUUUUUUGCCUUUACCUCCAUCAUUAGCUCUAUCAUCGAGGCUGUACUUGGGGAAACAGAAGAGUUUAUUUCUGAAUUUAAAAGCUAUGUUCUUGCAUGGCUUAGUGUUACACAGCUCGAGAUGCUUGGUGAAGCAAUUGCUAAUUUUAAUUUAAUAUUUCCUUCCUAUCAAGGCAGAUCUAGUGCAUUCAUUUGGAAGGAACACCAGGAAGCAGUCAAGUUAUUUUCUCAAGGAGUCAUUUGCUUGUUAAAAGCGUAUAAUCAAAUGAAGCACAAGCCUAUUACCAUUUUCAUUGAUGACGUACAGUGGACAGAUUUUGAAUCAAUGAAGUUGUUAAAGGAAAUGAUGGGGUUGGGAACCUGUGAAAUCUUUCCUUUGCUUUUGAUAUUCGCAUACCGAGACAAUGAAGUGAAAGACAACGACCACCAUCCAUUGAAUAUAUUUCUGGAAUCAGCUAGGUCAAUUGCUUCAAUAACGGACAUAGAGGUACCAGAACUAACUGAAGAAGAUUGCAAUUAUUUGGUCGCAGCAUCAUUACACCGAACUCCAAGAGACACUGAAAACCUAACGAAAGUACUGUAUUCCAAGACCAAAGGAAAUCCAUUCUUCUUGAAACAAAUGCUUGUUACACUCUUCCAGGAAGAAAAAAUAUUUUUCAACCGGACCUUACAAGCAAUUUCUUGGAAUUUGGAAGAAAUAGAUCAUGUGAAAUAUUCACAAAACGUCGUUGAUUUUUUAUUGAUUCGGUUUGAUUGUAUGCUCCCAGAUACUAAAAAAGCAUUAGCGUAUGCUUCAUGUAUUGGAUGCAAAGCCCUGUUUCAACAUUUGUUUCACUUAAUGAACAUUAAGAAGGAUGAGUACUCAGCUUUGGAGCUGAAGGAAAUUCUCGAUCACGGAGUUAAAGAAGGUUGGAUCAGCUACAUUGACUCUCAUACUUUACAAUUCAAUCAUGAUAGGCUACAACACGCGGCAAAUUCGUCAUUAUCAGAAACAGAAAAAGCCAAAACGCAUUACACUUACGGAAAGUAUCUUUUACAAAAGGUUAAGACUGGCGAAAUUACUCAAGAAGAGGUUAUAUUUGACAUUGUGGUUCAUUUGAACCACAGAUCUAAAGACCCUAAAAUUCUUAAUUCUCCAGAGAAGCGUAGACGCCUAUUAGAAUUGAACAAAAUGGCUGCCAAGAAAGCAUUAAGAAAUUGCGAAUAUGUGACCAAUGUUGAUUCUGCAAUCUCCAUCUUCAAUAUUGCCUUACAAAAAGCAAAAACCAGAUUACAUGUUUUUGAAGCUUGCUAUAAUCUAGAGAUGAGUUAUUUGACCCAAGGAAAGUUUGAAGCCGUGUUUGAAUUGUUGACGACACACAUUUUUCCAGCUUUUGAAGAACUGAAGUUUUUGACAGUCCCUUCUAAUCGAAAUGUUGAUGUUCUGCGAGAAUGGAUCGACAACAAGAUGAAAUACAUGAAAAAGAAUAUCAUUCCUAAAUUUACCAAAAAGGACGUUCUAGAAUUGCCUGAUAUGACAGAUCCAGAGGAUAUAUAUUUUAUACAAAUGCUUGCUCAGAGUUGUCCAGCAAUCUUCCAUAUGAAAUCACUGGACACCAUGCACACUCCAAACAGCAGAUUUAUUUUUAUGACCUGCAUGCUGAUAGGUAUGGAAAAAGUACUGAAACAUGGAUUGUGUCUGGAUGCUCCCAUUUUACUCGCCGUCUGCUCUCAUUUUUGGAGCACGUAUGAUAUUUGGCCUAGAAUGACAAUGUUUAUUGAUGCUUCGAUAGAGCUCUCACGAAAUCGGUACAAGAACCCACAACACUGGUCCUCAUGCCUCUUACUUAAAAUUAUGAGCUUUGCUUUGUAUCCAAACAUCAAUGCCUUGGAAGUUUGGAAUUUGAUUGAAGAAGCUUUUCUAUUGACAGUCAAGUGUAACAAUAGAGGAUACGGAGUGUUUACCAUAACAUAUUACCCCUUCUACCAUUUCUUUUUUGCUAAUUCUGAUAUCAAAACUUCUAUUGAGCUCAGCAAGCAAUGCAUUGCCAUUAUUAAGGAAAUUGGAAAUUGUGUCCUUCUAGACACCAGUAACAUGAUUCUUGAGAUGAAGAGAGUCAUUUGCGGUGAGACGGAGAGUUUUGACCCUCCAUACACUUGUGAUGUUAUUCACUAUCCCUUUUUUAGAUGUAUGCACUUCUUGUUUAAAGCAAUUUCUCUCUUUUUUCAACAGCAAUUGGAAGAGUCGUUUACAUGCAUUGAACAGACGUUUGAAUUUAAAGAAGAAGUAUUUGGAAUGUGUGCUGAGUGGGUUCUCGUUAUUUCUCAAGGUUUAGUAUGUUGUGCUUUUCAAAAGUAUAUUCUAUUGAAUCACAUACCCAAUCAAGAGGAGAGACUGCAAAAAAGUGACAAAAUUAUUGAUGACGUCCUGCAAAGAUUGGAAAGGCUUUGCCAAUGUAAUUCACUGAUUUUUCCAAGCCCAUUUGCAUUGAUCAAAGCAGAGAAGCUAUGGUGUGAAUAUUUACGGUUUGGACAUGACAACACUAGAAGCAUUAUCAAUUUGCUGACACAAAGUUUGACACUUGCCACCCAAGAAAGAAACCACUUUAUGGUGAAGUUUUGCAACCUAAAAUUGGGAGAGUUAUUCAAAGAUCUUAAUCUAUUUGACAGCAUUUCUGGAAAGUAUUUUUUCAAUGCAUACGAGCAAUUCAAUGAAAUGGGUGCAUCUCUUAUGGUUAACCAUAUUUGCGAGAAAUACAAGGAUCAAAUAGAUGCCUAUGAACGAGAGAUGGGUACAUCCGUAGCAUCGUCGACGAGCUCUUCCGAAAAAAGCGCCUCCACUGUCCAACAAGAAUUUUCAUUAACAUCCAUUACUAAGAGCAGAUUUGCAGAGAGCAACGAAGUUGACUUCAAAGAGAUAUUUAUUUCUAUUUUACCUUUGCUAAACGAACAUACUGACUCUAAUCGAUGUUGCCUACUCCUCAAAAGAAAUACUACACUAUAUCUAGAUGCAGAGCUUAAUGAUGAAUUAAACCCAAAAGUGAGCAUACUGCCACACCUAAAUCAUGAAGAGGCAUCUAUUGACAAAAUCGCUGAUAAAUUGCCUCUGAAAAUGAUAUAUAGGACAAUGCGAACGAGAUAUGAGCAAGUUUUUUCACAAUCUACGGAACUUGAUCCAUACUUUGAGAAUUCUCAUAUUGCCUCAGCAUUAUGUUUGCCAAUUAUUCGUGAAAAAAGUGUGAUUGGGUGCGUCUAUCUCGAAAAUAGAGAAAUCGAACACUCUUUCACCGUGGAAAAGAUCAACACUGCCAAGUUAAUCAUUUCAAUUAGUAUUGACAAUGCUAAAAUUUUCAGCUCUAUCAACAAAUCCUACGCUCGAUUUCUUCCAUCUGAAUUUUUAAAGCUCCUUGGAAAGAGUCAUGUGACCAAAGUGAGACUAGGUGACGCAAUCUCACGAGAAAUGACUGUUCUCUUUUCAGAUAUUUAUGGUUUUACAGAAUUAAUGGAGUCUCUUUCAGCCAAAGAAGGGUUUAGUUUCAUCAAUCGACUGCUAUUUAAGAUAGCACCGCCUAUUAGCAAGUAUGGAGGAUUCAUAGAUAAAAUAUUAGGCGAUGGUAUCAUGGCGCUGUUUCCUGACCCUCAAUCUGCGGUGAAAGCUUCAUUGGAAAUGAUAUUCGAGUUGGAAAAAUUCAACGCUGAAAAUGUAUACAGUGUAAAAAUGGGAAUUGGUAUUUCCAAUGGUAUGGUGAGCCUUGGAACUAUUGGAUACGAAGACAGACUCGAUGCUACCGUUAUUUCUGAUACAACCAAUGUUGCCUCGCGCUGUGAAUCAGUGUCCCGAUCAUUUAAAUCAAGAAUCAUUGUCACGGAGACUGUUAUCAAUGGUUCCAGUCAGAUAUCAGAUGCCUACAUUAUUUAUAUUGGAAAAUUUAUUUUGAAGGGCAAACAAAUUGCUCGAGAUUUAUAUGCCAUAAAAGGCAAGAAAUGGAAGACCAUGAUCCAAAACGAAGAUUUGUUCGAAAAAUCUACAAUUUCCCAAGUGGUGUCGUUAUUUCAAUCUAAAAAGUUCGAUGAAUGUCUUGAACUAACCAAACAAAUUAGGAAUGACACCACCACAAGCAAUCCUUUUGUGCUCGCCAUGUGUCGAUUUUAUUCACGGGCCUGUGACAUUUAUUCGAAUUGCAAACUUCCAGAGUCAUGGUCAGGAGAUAUUCGAUUAAGUAAGGAUGGAGAACCAAAACCAUAUUUUUUGGAAGAGAGUUAUUAUCACCCAUGA